CAAACGCUGCCUCAUCAUGAAUUCAUGUCUUCCUGCUUCAAAAUUGGCCCUCUCCCCCCUUCUUCUGCCACGUUACUUCCCGCCGGUUACUUCAUUGGUCACCCAUACGGUGGUCACCUCCUGAAACGCAAACCAUAACCCAAUUCUCUUCUCAUCUUGGUUUUCUUGUUUGUACGUACAUUGAUAUUUUCCAUCCCUCUGUUUUUGUUUUACAAUUUUGGUUUUCUGGGUCUUGUUCUGGUGUGAGACAUUAGGUCUUUCAUUUGUUGUUGUAAAUGUUUGAAAUGUGUAUAUGUUCUUCUGGGGGAAAGGAAAGUCUCGAAAUAAAUUUGUGGUGAUUUUCCUUUUUCUGGGUUCGGUUCAUUUAUGGCGUUUGAUGAUGUCUUCAGCUUAAAGAUUCAAUCUUGGGAUUUCCCUUUUUUAGUUUUCUUAAUCCAUUUGAUGUUGUGAAUGUGUGAGAUAUUUUUCUGUUCAAUUUUCUUUUACCCUUUUUGUGAGGGCGGUUAGGGGUGGUUGUAAAGUGUAAACCCAGCAAAAAAACAAAAAACAAAAUAAGGAGAGAAAGCGAUUAGGAAUUUCCUCUGUUUGUAUGAGCUACUAGAAGGUGUGACUUUCUGGUCGAAGAAGAAGAAAUGGACAUUACAGAGGUUUCAAUCUUACACCAUGUGGGAUUUGUGUUAUUUGUGCUUUGGUUGCUUGCUCAGCACAAUUGCUGCUACCCAGUUGCCUACUUUGUCUCUUUGAUUUAUCUCUACCUGGUUCAUGAGCGCUAUGUUAUGAGAUUGCGAAAGAAACUACAAUUCGAGGAAAGGAAACAGUCUAAUCAGAGAAGGGUACUUUCUGAUUCUGAAACAGUGCGAUGGUUGAACCAUGCACUUGAAAAGAUAUGGCCUAUAUGUAUAGAACAGAUUGCUUCACAGAAGAUUCUCCUCCCUAUUAUACCUUGGUUUUUGGAGAAGUACAAACCAUGGACUGCCAAGGAAGCAGUGGUUCAGCACCUUUACUUAGGAAGAAAUGCACCUAUGCUCACAGAUAUUAGAGUUGUUCGCGAGUCUAAUGAUGAUGACCACUUGGUUUUGGAGUUGGGACUGAAUUUUCUGACAGCUGAUGAUAUGAUUGCAAUACUUGCUGUGAAGUUGAGGAAAAGACUGGGUUUCGGGAUGUGGGCAAAGUUGCAUAUUACAGGCAUGCAUGUUGAGGGGAAGCUGUUGAUUGGGGUUAAGUUUCUUCGUAGGUGGCCUUUCCUUGGCCGUUUGCGGAUAUGCUUCAUUGAGCCUCCAUAUUUUCAGAUGACCGUCAAGCCUAUUUUUACACAUGGCCUUGAUGUUACAGUUCUUCCAGGAAUUGCUGGGUGGCUGGAAAAGCUUCUUUCCAUUGCCUUUGAGCAGACCCUUGUUGAGCCAAAUAUGCUGGUUGUUGACAUGGAGAAAUUCGCCUCACCACAGCAAGAGAGUUGGUUCUCUGUGAAUGAAAAGGAAUCUCUUGGACAUGUCAGAGUAGAAGUUAUUGAAGCAUCUGACAUCAAAGCUGCAGAUCUAAAUGGAUUAUCUGACCCUUAUGUUAAGGGUCAAUUGGGCCUUUACCGGUUCAGGACGAAGACACAAAAGAAAACACUGGCUCCAAAAUGGCAUGAAGAAUUCAAGAUGCCCAUUAUUACAUGGGAUUCAUCUACUGUGCUAUCUAUUGAAGUUCGUGACAAGGACCGAUUUGUUGAUGAUUGCCUUGGAUUCUGCUGCAUUAACAUUGGUGAAUAUAGAGAUGGCCAGAGGCAUGACAUGUGGUUGCCUCUUCAGAAUAUUAAAACAGGAAGGAUCCAUCUUGCAGUAACUGUGGUUGAAGAUAAUCCCAAGGGGGGUGAUAAUCCAAAUGUUGAGGAAACACCAAAUGUGGAAGAUGAAAGAAAAAGGUUUGCCAAUGACACUAGUAAUAAAAGUUCCUUCUCAUCUGCAUCAUCAGAAAAGUUUGACAAAGUGGCAGAUAACUUUGAGCCAAUUGAUGUUGAUGGGCAAAGAGAGACUGGAAUAUGGGUACAUCACCCAGGAAGUGAAGUUUCACAAACUUGGGAGAGUAGAAAAGGAAAGAGUCGGCUCCUUGAUAAUGAGAUUCAAAAUGAUACUGGUGGCCAUAGUUCAGUCACCUCUGUCUCCCCAACUAAUGAGGACAGUGGCACUGAAAAGAAUCACGAGGAUAAACACAGGAUGAGAGCAGUUCGCAAGGGUCUAAACAGGAUCUGCUCGGUAUUCCACAAGAAUUCCAAAAAGGAGAAUGAUUCAAGCAGCUUUAGAGAGACUGUUGGAUCUGGACAUGCUAAUAUUCAGGAAAUUAGUGAAAAAGAUAUUGCGGUAAGAUUUAUUGUGGAGGAUGAUCUUUCCAACCCUCAAGAGGGCAAGGGUUUGAAGGAAGAAGGGGUUGUCACUUCUGGAGGGAGUGGUUCAAAGGGAAAGGGCAAGGGCAAGGGUUUAGACAAGGCAAAGAGUUUCCUUAAACCAGCAAAAAAAUCUUCUCGAGAUUUUAGGAAGUGUCAAAGUGAUUCUUACAAAGGGAGGGAAAGAAAAACAUUAGAAGAAUUUAACUCUACUGAUGAGGAUGAUGCUCCUCCAAAACGGUUGAAAUGAUACCGGUUGUUUCCAGUACUGAUGCAUUAAAUUCGAAGGAGCAAGUGGCUCAGCCAGUUUUCACUUGCAUGCAUCCUUGUUUAGCUCUAGGAUUAAGGGGUUUGCUAAUUGUGCAGUUGACAAGGUAGUAAUAUGUGUAGGAUUCUCUUUUUUUCAUAGAUAGCCAUCCUCUACCUCUUGUGAGGUGAUUCUGUUAUGUAAUACUAAUGCUGUAUUGCUGUUGUUCCGGAGAAGAAAACUAGUAAAUUCACGUAAAUAUGCACACAGAACAAAGAAAACAAAGCAUUCAUUUUCAAGCUGAA